CCUCACCACGCCCAUACCUCAGGAAUGAGACUUGUUUUUUUUAGCUUGUAUCUGGCAGGAGAAGCAUCGCCUCCCCCGUCUUCCUAAUAAAUUAUUUAGACAAAUCGGAAGCGACUCUAAUCCAGACUGCUCCACACCUGCGUUGCACCGAGCCUGCUGUCAGCGACCUUUCCGCCUGAACAUGGGGAACCCCUCAGCAAUCCUCUCAAUGAUCGGUGUCAUGCUACUCUGGCCGUAUGUUCUCACCAAGAGUGUUUCCUCCAGACGUCAGACGUCAGACAGCACCUCUCUAUCUGCAGGGCAGAGAGAAGAGCGCCCUCAUGUGGUGAAACGGUCAAUCCAGAAUUGCGGCAGCACGUUUGACAGCUACUGCAUGAACCACGGCCAGUGCAUGCUGCUGGUGGACAUGAACGAACACCACUGCAGGUGUGAGGAAGGCUUUUACGGCCCAAGGUGUAGCAAGAUGGAGUUCGUAGUUAAGCCACUAGGAGAAGAGCAGAUAAUUGUCACCGUCUUCUGUGUGGUUUUGCUGAUGAUAGGUCUGGCUGGAUUACUGUACUUCUGCUGCAAAUGGUAUAAGAAAAACAAAUUCCGAAAUCAACAGAAGCGGCAAGGUUACAAAGGAGUCCAGACAGCUUAGAGUAACACACACACACACACAAACACACACACACACACACACACACACACACACACACACACACACACACACACACACACACACACACACACACACACACACACACACACACACCACUUCAUCAAGCCUUCAGAUCUGCAGAGAGAGAUUUAAAACCUGUUUUAGCUUUUGUUUAUAGCUGCAAUUGUUCUAGUGUUACAGCCCCUGCUGCCCUAAUGUUUGAAACAUGAACGCUGAAGCACACAAAGACAGUUUCAGAGGGUGACACUGAUUGUGGGUCAUGGAUAGAUCAUGAAAGAAAUAUGUCUUAACAAAUAUAAGGCCUAAUGCAACAUACAGUCAUUUACAGUGUCUGUGCUUCUAUGGCAACAAAGUAUUAUUAAAACUAUCAUUGCCAUUAACGGUUAAGCUGCAGCAACUUUACACUAGGCUCCAUGUGUUGGCAUUUACUGUGAGAUAUGUUUUCAAUAUAUUUUAGAGCUCAUUGUUGAGGAUCGGUUACAGAUCCUUUAAUUUAGCCAAAGAUAAAAAAUAAAAUAACUUUUUGAUAAUGUUGUUUAAACCAUCUAGCUGCCUCCUUUUUGCUGAUUUACUUUCUACAUUAGAGUUCUUCACAGUUCAUUUAUGCAAUUAUUAGCUCAUAUUUAUUGUUUUUCUGUCUGUUGUUGUCAUGAUGAAUAUGAAAAAAUAUAAAAUAAUAAUUCUAUGUUUUAUUAAAUGAAAUGUGUUUCGUAGGAAAUAAUUUAGAUAAUUUAUUAUAAAGUAUUAAUGUAUAAAAUGGUUUCUUGUCAUGUUUUGGAAGCUCUGUUACCGCUACAAAAAUAAAUGUCUUUGUGUUUCAUUGA